UUACUUUGUCCAGAGGAAUUGAUGCCUGCGUUGGACGAUAUAUAUAUAUAUAUGCACUCUCAUUGGCCGCGAUCCGAUGAACGGGUUCGCACACGGUGGCCUUGAUGAGGCCAGCUUCGGUGAGCCGGAUGGUAUUGCCGCCAAACUGAAGACAUUCGAUGCCUUUCCAAAGACAAAGCCUUCGUAUACCUCCACCAGCCGUAGUGGCGGACUAUGGACGGUCUUUAUUGCUAUUCUCUGCGCUAUACUCUCCUGCUCCGAGCUCGUAACCUGGUAUCGAGGGCAUGAAAACCAUCACUUCAGCGUCGAAAGAGGAGUGUCGCAGGAGAUGCAACUCAACCUUGAUGUCGUUGUCGCCAUGCCUUGCGACGAUGUCCGGAUAAACGUUCAAGAUGCCGUUGGUGACCAUAUUUUGGCUGGAGAAUUGUUGACGCAGCAACCUACUAGUUGGGCCGCUUGGAACAGGGAAUUCAACCGACAACGAGGCGGAGGGAGUCCCGAAUACCAAACUCUUAGCAAAGAAGAUCCCUUCAGAUUAGAGGAGCAAGAAGAAGACCUUCACGUUGAACACGUCCUAGGCGAAGUAAGGAGAGGCCGGAAGAAGAAGUUUCCUAAAGCACCAAAACUAAAGAAAUCCGAUGCUGUGGAUUCAUGCAGAGUGUUUGGGAGUCUAGAGGGCAAUAAGGUCCAGGGAAAUUUACAUAUCACCGCUCGAGGAUUUGGAUAUCUCGAAUGGGGACAGCCUACUAACCCUCAUAGCUUGAAUUUCACUCACCUUAUUACUGAACUCUCGUUUGGGCCCCACUAUGCUCGACUUCUCAACCCUCUUGACAAGACAGUCUCUACAACCUCUGUCAAUUUCUACAAAUACCAAUAUCACCUUUCAGUUGUCCCCACAAUCUAUACAAAAUCCGGCCACAUCGACCCCAACCACCGCUCUCUCCCAGACCCGAGCAGUAUAACGGCAAAGGACUCCAAGACGACAGUUUCUACCAAUCAGUACGCAGUUACUUCAUACUCCCAGCCCGUACAACCUCGCAUUGAAUCUAUUCCUGGAAUUUUCUUUAAAUAUAACAUUGAACCUAUUCUACUGAUUGUUAGCCAAGAGCGGGACAGUCUGCUGGCCUUGCUGGUCAGGCUAGUCAACGUUGUAUCUGGCGUACUUGUCACGGGUGGCUGGUUGUUUCAAAUUGGGUCCUGGGCUGUAGAGGCCAUGAGAAAGAGAGGAAAACUCACAUCCGAUGGCUUGUUGACUGGGAAACAUGCCAUGGAAUAG